GGUUUUUAAGUUCUUAAAAGAAGUAUUAACUAUAACAGUAGAAUAAAAAUUGUGAAAUUUAUCAGUUAUUUAUUUGUUUUACAUCUAAUAAUACAAUAAUGUAUAACAGAGAACAUGUAACUAAGCUACCAAAAACCAGUUCAGAAAUUAUUAGUGAAGCGAAAGCAGCUCUAAUUCCAACUCUUUAUGUAAAGCCACUUACAACAAAUAGACCAUUUACCCCUCGAGAAAGGGUUUUCUUCUGUCAUCGGCGAAMAAAUCGUCCACCUAGUGCUUUUAAGUUGCAACACGUGCAAUUUCAGGAAAAGAAAAAAACAAGUUGCACAAAACUACCAGCUCUUGAUAAUACAAAAUAUUCUACACCCAAUAAUUUAGAUUGUAAAAAAGAAAUCAAAAGAMAAACACAUAGCAGUUCACUAAGCAUUAUACGCCGACGUUCUAAUUCAGAUGUGGCCAACAACGUAAAUAUAUCAAGAAAAAAAAUAUCAUCAUUAUCUUUUCCUCUGUCAAUUGACACACUACUUAAGAACCAUGAACAAAACGUUUACGAUCAUGAAUACAUGAACCAUGAAAACGAAAUCAAUGAAGCGAGAGCAUUAUGCUUUGAUGUUCACACAGACUGCUUAUGGAUCAUAUCACUAAUUGAAACCAAAAUGAAAAAAAACUUUGAAACUAGUGAGAUGUGCUCACUUUUGAAUAAACUAGCAAUGAUCGUAAAACGGGAAAACCUAUCGGUAAUACGUGACGAAAAUAAGAAAGAAACCAUAUUGAAAACAAUAUUCAAACUUGUUAACACUUCUCUUGAUGAUGAACUUACUGUCCAUAUAUUAUUAGUGUUACUUCAGAUGCAAGUGACUGGAAAAUAUUUAGCAACUGUUUGUAAACUAAUAUUCAAAAUAUCUCGUUCAGAUAAAAACGAUAAUUUAUUCCUCGAAACCAACGUGUUAACCCUUUUUGUAGAUAUACUUGGCUUAGCUACUCCACACGAAGAUUCCGAGUCUUUGAUUUACGGCUACGGAGCUUUAAAAUUUCUUACAAUGAAUCCAGAUUUAAUGGAACGUGCCAUGAAUAACGGUUGUUUAUCGCUAAUGUUGUUACAUUUAAAAAUGAUAAAUUUAGAAAGAACAGAACGCCAAGUCUUGCCGGAGGCAAUCAACCAUGUACUAUACCAGUUAACUGGUACACUCAGAAAUGUAGUCAACGACAGAAAAUUUUACGUUGAACUUUUGUCUUCCGGUGGUUUGGUGACUAUUUACCGUGCUUUGGAAUUGUUUUCUGGAGAUAUUGAUGUGGUUACGAACAUUUCUAGAAUUUUAAGUAUUAUGUCCACUGAUGGGAAAUGUUGCGAAGCACUUGUGGAUUGCUGGUCAAAUGUAUCCGUAUUGAUGUCWAUAAUAGACAAAUAUCCAGGGCAAGAAGAAAUAGUAGUUCGUAUUACCUAUACAUUAGGAAACAUACUGACCAAUAAUGAAAACGCUAGACACCAAUUAUACGAGACAUAUUGCUCUAUGGGAACAUUUUUAAAUUUAAUGCAAUUAUACUUGGAAAAAGAUUUAAACAACAUAUCACGUGACGUUAAAAUCAACGUUGUCGAGGAUGUGCUCAUCAAAAUAAUACGCGUCAUAGUAAAUAUGAGCAUACAGCCAGAAAUUGGUACUAAGUUAGUAAAGGCGGCAGACGAUUAUCAUCCAAUUCACAAAGUGAAAGAAUGUGAACAAUUUUUAGAUUCUUUAUUGACUAUACUUAGACGAAAAUCUAUUGAUGAAAACGAAGAACUUGUACUCGCUGCGUUAGCGGCUUUAAAUAACUUAUCCUAUUAUGCGGAUAUGUCAAACCCAAAUUAUGGUCCUUUUGGCGCUCGUCAGUUAGAUAUAACGCAAGCAUUGAGUUUGUUACUUACAACUAGAAAUCAGUCUUGCAAAGUGGAGGUAGCUAGAGUAUUUGGAAACUUAACUAGAUCAUCUACAGUUCGAGAUUACUUAUUGGAGACAAGUGGAUUAUUAACGGUGACCAAUUGCUUGGAUAGUGGCAACAAAGAAUUACUAGUCGUGUGUUGCGGCGUAUUGGUUAAUAUGACCACUGAUGAGAACAACCGAGAAGCGUUCAAAAAUUACAACGGUGUUUCAAAAAUGGUAAACAUUCUUAGGUCGUCGGGUGAACACAAUUGGACCUUGUCAGCGCUAAUCUGCCAAACCCUGUGGAACGUGUGUUCAGGCAGUGACCAUUUUCCUGGUGACCCUUUGGCAGUACUCGACACGCUGGUCAAACUCACAGAUGAAGAACGAUUAUUUGGUGAACUAUUGUCGUUGAAUGAGGAGAAAGUGGCAGAGUACAAGCAAUGGGAAGAUUUUGCUUCGGUGGCUACGAAUCUUUUAGAGUGGUUAGAUGAACUACUAGAAGGAAAAUUUGAUAACAUAGAACAAUAAUAGGAACUGACCGUAUAGUUCACGUAUUAUUUAUUAUUGUUCUCAAUCUCAGAUGUCUUUAGUACAUCGUUGGUUAACAAAUUAAGUGAA